AUAUAAAGUGGAUUUGUAAAUAAUUGUAAAUCCUCUCUUCUCUCAGGCAAAACAACAAACACGCAGGAGGAUCUCAAGAGGUUCCACUCUUUUGGAAUUUGGCGAUGGCUUCGAAGCGGAUCUUGAAAGAGCUCAAGGAUCUCCAGAAGGAUCCUCCUACGUCUUGCAGUGCAGGCCCAGUAGCUGAAGACAUGUUCCAUUGGCAAGCAACAAUUAUGGGCCCUCCUGACAGUCCAUAUGCAGGAGGAGUAUUUCUUGUCAACAUUCAUUUCCCUCCAGAUUAUCCAUUUAAACCACCCAAGGUUGCAUUCAGAACAAAGGUCUUCCAUCCCAAUAUCAACAGCAACGGUAGCAUAUGCCUGGACAUACUUAAGGAACAGUGGAGUCCUGCAUUAACCAUUUCUAAGGUGUUGCUUUCAAUCUGUUCGCUGUUGACAGACCCGAAUCCUGAUGACCCUUUGGUGCCAGAGAUUGCGCACAUGUACAAGACUGACAGAAGCAAGUACGAGGCAACCGCCAGAAGCUGGACCCAGAAGUAUGCCAUGGGUUAGUGGCGCUGCUUAGUGUUUAGAGGAGGGCUUCUUCCCAAUGGUUUUUCCUUGAAUUAUAUCUUUGAAUCUGCCUCUCUUACCCAAUGGGUUUAGUUAUGCUUCCCUCCUGAAAAACACGGACUGUUCUUUACCUGUUUGUAUGGAUAACAAAAAUUUAUCCUUAAUCUUGAGAGUUUAUUCCAAUAAAAACCCAUUCGUGGACCUAGACCUGGACC